AUGUCUGCCGGCGGUCUAAACACUGGCGGUCAUCACCAACCAGAGACUAGUUGGAAAGGUUCUACGGAGACAUUUGCGACGAUGGGCGCCAGGGCUGUGCUGGUGGUGUUUUGGCGUGGGCUCUUGCUUGCCGUGUUCAGAGCCCGAGCAGCCCAUCGGCAAUUGAUGUCAUGGUGCGUGAUGGGCAGACGCCAGGCGGCGGGCGGCGAACAGGCAGCCAACAACGCCCAUUGCCGUUUUGCGGCUGGCCCGAGCUGUAGAUGA